GCUGUCCGCAAAAGACUAAACUUAUUUCCCAUCUCGUAUCUGCUAACCCCUCGCAGAGGCUAAAAACACAGCGUGGAGGGGCUUCGAAUCCGUCCCCCUCUUACGAACUCUCGCUCGACCGCUCAUCAGCGUUUAGCCAGUUCAGUAAAUAUCAGCGUAGCGACAACGUAACCGUACGUUUACUUCAUACCUACAUAAAAAAACAAUACAUGGUAGCAGUGGUAAAAUAGUGAGUGGAGUGUAGUGAAUAAAGAACAACCAUGUUUGACGUGUUUGGAUCAGUGAAAGGUCUGCUAAAAAUCGACCAAGUAUGCAUAGACAACAAUAUUUUUCGGCUGCAUUACAAAGCUACCGUGGUAAUACUGGUAGCUUUUUCUCUUCUAGUAACUAGCAGACAGUAUGUCGGAGAUCCCAUAGACUGUAUAGUUGAUGAAAUUCCUUUAAAUGUUAUGGACACUUAUUGUUGGAUUUAUUCUACGUUUACGGUACCCGAUAGACUGACAGGACACAUAGGUAAGGAUAUAGUGCAGCCAGGGGUCGCCAGUCACGUUGAUGGGCGCGAUGAAGUUAAGUAUCACAAAUACUACCAGUGGGUUUGCUUUGCGCUGUUCUUCCAAGCCAUGUUGUUUUACAUACCCAGGUAUUUAUGGAAAACCUGGGAAGGAAGCCGUAUUAAAAUGCUGGUUUUAGACUUGAACUGCCCUAUCGUUUCGGAGGAUUGCAAAAAGGAUCGCAAACAACUUUUAGUCGAUUACUUUACUUCCAAUCUUCACAUGCAGAAUUUCUACGCGUUUAGAUUCUUUAUAUGCGAAGUAUUGAACUUCGUCAAUGUAGUAGGACAGAUUUUCUUCAUGGACUUCUUCCUGGACGGAGAAUUCAGCACGUACGGUAGUGACGUUCUCAAAUUUACCGAAAUGGAGCCCGAACAAAGAGAGGAUCCGAUGGCUAGAGUGUUUCCCAAGGUAACUAAAUGUACCUUCAACAAAUACGGUCCAUCGGGAUCUGUGCAGAGAUUCGACGGGCUUUGCGUUCUCCCGCUCAACAUUGUCAACGAAAAAAUCUACGUAUUCCUGUGGUUCUGGUUCAUCCUUUUAUCGGUUCUAUCAGGAAUUUCGCUUAUCUACAGAUGCGUCGUUAUCGUGGCACCCAAAAUCAGGCUCUAUCUGCUCAGAACCAAAUGCAGGAUCGCUCCAUCGGAUCAAAUCGAAACCAUCUGUAACAAGUGCGAAAUCGGAGACUGGUUCGUUUUGUACCAGCUAGGUAAAAAUAUUGACCCCCUCAUUUUUAAAGAAGUGAUAUCGGAUCUCGCCAAAAAGUUAGAAGGCAAAGAGACAGUUUAAGAUGUUUAAAAUCCUCUAUGCGGUUUUCGAAUCUCAAAAACGAUUUGUUACAGAAAGGGUAUUUUGUCUGAUACUUCGUCUAGACCGAUUUUGCAAUUAUUAGUCUAACGAUGUAAUGAUUACAACCAAAUCAAAUUUGUG